CGCAGCAGCAUGACCAUCUCGCGCAGCGUGUACAACCAGCUCUUCGAGCAGGCGCCCGACGCCGCGGGCGGCGGCAGCAAGGAGAAGGUGAUCCGCCUGCGCCCCACGGAGGCCAAGGCCGGCGCCGUAGUCAUGUCGGCCAAGAGCAAGAUCCAGAUGUGGACCAAGGAGGAGCACGAGCGCUUCCUCGCGGCGCUCGAGAAGUUCCCGGCCGGCCCCUGGAAGAAAGUGGCCGACUUCAUCGGCACCAAGACGCCGCGCCAGACCAUGACGCACGCGCAGAAGUACCGCCAGAAGAUCCACCGCCGCCAGCGCGGCCUGCGCAACCAGAAGAAGACCACCAACAGCAACAGCAACAACAGUAACGUAGCCACGCCCGAGACCGCAGCCGCAGCCACUUCCGCCAACCCGGCGCCCGUGGACACCAAGGCGGACCUCAAGGGCGAGCCCAAGGCCAUCGUGUCGCCCUACGGCGUGGCCGACCUGCAGCUCAAGCCCGGCUCGGAGGCCGCCGUCGCCGCCGCGGCGGGCGCCACCAACGACCAGCUGCUCAACAUCCUGGCGCAGCAGGCCACGACCAUCCAGGGCAAGCCCCAGGCCGAAGAGCAGGCGGAGCCCAUGGAGGUGGACUCGGCCGUGACCGUGGACACCAGCGCGUCGCCUGAGGCCGACGCGGCCGCUGCAGCGGCCAGCCAAGGGUCGCCCAGCAGCGGCAACAACAACAACCUGCCGUCGCUAGCGGAGAUCCUGCACCUCGGCGGCGCGGAAGCACAGGCGGCGGCUGCAGCUCAGGCAGAGAAGGCGCAGGCGUCCCCGGCCAAGGUCGAGGAAGAGGAGAAGAAGAAGACGGAGGAGAACCGGCCAGAGGACUGCAAGUGCAACUGCCAGUGCAGCGCGCACGGAGGCAAGAAGCCCGCCGUGGAGGAGACGACCACGCAGCCCCGGCCUGAAGAGAGCUAA